AUGUUUAUAAGUGAAUGUUUCAGAUUCCAUCCUGAGAAAAAAGUGGCAAAACUCACUCAACUGGAAGCUGGACUAGAAGUAAUCGAAACCGAUCUUGAGACAUUUGACUACUUGAGACAUGUCAAUGAGAUUGUCACUUCGUAUGGACCAGCGAUGAUCUUCCGAAGAAAUAAGAAGUUGAAAAGACUCAACUUCAAUGCUUUGAAUAAACUCAAAGGAGGGAAUAUUGACAUAGUCCUCGAGGACGACCACUUCGCAGAAGAAGCAGGAGAUGGGUCAGCAGGAUUCAAUGACUUGAUGAUGUUGGAAAGUGUGUCUAGAGAAACAGACCAGCGUACCGAGAAGUGUUCCAAAAAGUUUUUAGAAGUGAAAACCACUGGAGGUUCUUCUGGUGGCGUUGUGAUGUAUUUAGGGUACUUUCUCAUAGCUUUGUUUGUCAUCCUUUUGGCAGUGGCUAUCAUUUUGACACUAAAAGAAUGGAAAAAAUGGAAGACAGAACAAGAACAAGCAGGCAAGAAAAAGAAGAAGAAUAAGAAAGAUGAGACAAACAAGAAGAAGAAAUCUGGAAGCGAAGAGAAGAAAACUAAGAAAACAGCAACGAAAGGACCGAAAUCAAAGAAUACUCCUGUCAAAGAAAACCCAAAAAAGAAAUAA